AUGCCGGCCACAGAGAAGGACCUGGCGGAGGACGCUCCGUGGAAGAAGAUCCAGCAGAACACCUUCACCCGCUGGAUCAACGAGCACCUGAAGUGUGUCAACAAGCGAAUCGUGGACCUGCAGCUGGACCUGGGCGACGGCCUCAGGCUCAUCGCCCUGCUGGAAGUUCUGAGCCACAAGAAGAUGUACAGAAAAUACCACCCGAGGCCCAACUUCAGGCAGAUGAAGCUGGAGAACGUGUCCGUGGCUCUGGAGUUUCUGGACAAGGAGAACAUAAAGCUGGUCUCCAUAGACUCCAAAGCCAUUGUGGAUGGGAACCUCAAGCUGAUCCUGGGUCUGGUCUGGACUCUGAUCCUGCACUACUCCAUCUCUAUGCCAGUUUGGGAGGGCGAGGAAGAAGAGGCAGAGUCAAAGACACCUAAGCAGCGUCUCCUGGGUUGGAUCCAACAUAAAGUCCCUGAUCUGCCAAUCACCAACUUCAGCCAGGACUGGAGGGAUGGGAAAGCACUGGGAGCACUGGUGGACAGCUGUGCACCAGGUCUGUGUCCGGACUGGGAGACCUGGGAUUCAGUUAAACCAGUAGAAAACGCCACUGAGGCCAUGCAGCUGGCAGAUGACUGGCUCGGCAUUCCACAGGUGAUCGCUCCAGAGGAGAUCAUAGAUCCCAGUGUGGAUGAACAGUCGGUGAUGACCUACCUGUCUCAGUUCCCCAAAGCCAAACUGAAACCAGGAGCUCCUCUCAAACCUAAGCUGAACCCGAAGAAGGCCCGUGCAUAUGGACCAGGUAUUGAGCCAACAGGGAACAGGGUUCUACGUCCUGCGGUGUUCACCGUGGACACGUUUAGUGCAGGUCAGGGUCAGGUCACCGUCUACCUUGACCAACCUGAUGGAACCCGAGAGGAGCUGAAGACAGAGCCUAAUGAGGGGAAGAAGACUUACAGUGUCACCUAUGUUCCACAGGUUAUGGGCCCUCAUAAGGUGACGGUGCUGUUUGCAGGACAGGAGAUUCCCAAGAGUCCCUUUGAGGUCAAUGUAGACAAGGCUCUGGGGGACGCCUCGAAGGUCACUGUUAAAGGGCUGGGAAUUGAAACUGUGGGCAACAUUGCCAACAAACCCACAUACUUUGACAUCUACACAGCAGGAGCCGGUGCAGGAGAUGUGACGGCCAUGAUCAGAGACCCUCAGGGCCUUCAGAACAGCGUGGAGGUGAUGAUGGAGGACAAAGGCGACUGUGUGUAUCGCUGCACCUACAGACCCACUCAGGCUGGCCCACACACCAUCACAGUCACCUUUGGCGGGGUGGAGGUCCCUAGGAGCCCCUUUAAUGUGGACAUAGGCCCCGCCUGUGCUCCAGGGGCCUGCAGGGCCACGGGUCGGGGUCUGCAGCCCACAGGGAUGAGAAUCAAACAAGUCGGAGAUUUUAAAGUGGACACCAGGAACGCUGGCAGUGGAGACCUGAAGGUGGUGGUUAAGGGACCGAAGGGGGUCGAGGAGCGGGUGAAGCAGAUCUCCAGUCAGGACGGUGUGUUCUGCUACGAGUAUUACCCAAACAGUCCGGGCAAAUACACAGUCUGCAUCACCUGGGGUGAACAGCACAUCCCAAAGAGUCCAUUCGAUGUGGUCGUGGGUCCAGUGGCAGGGCCUCAGCAGAUCCGGGCGUGGGGGCCUGGCCUGGAAGGAGGCAUUGUGGGUAAACCUGCGACUUUUAUUGUCGAGUCCAUUGGCAGCGAUGUUGGAGUUCUGGGUUUUGCCAUUGAGGGCCCCUCCCAGGCUAAAAUUGAGUGUGAGGACCGGAAUGAUGGGUCAUGUGACGUCUGUUACUGGCCGACAGAGCCCGGCGAAUAUGCCAUCCACGUGACCUGUGAUGAGGAGGACAUCGAACACAGCCCCUUCAUGGCCUACAUUGUCACUGACAACCACAGCAACAACCCUGAGAAGGUCCAGGCGUUUGGGCUGGGGCUGGAGAAAAGUGGUUGUCUUGUCAAUCAACCAGCUGAGUUCACCGUUGACGCUAAGGGUGCUGGGAAAGGACCUCUGAAGAUCACGGUCCAAGAUGCAGAGGGUCUUCCCGUGGAUGUGAAGGUGAACAGUAGAGGUGAUGGACUGUACGCCGCCUCCUACAACCCCUCGUCCUCCAUCAAACACACUGUGGCCAUUGCCUGGGGAGGAGUCAACAUCCCCAACAGCCCCUUCAGGGUAAACGUGGGUAAAGGCAGUCACCCCAACAUGGUCAAAGUGUUUGGUCCUGGAGUGGAGACAACUGGACUGAAGGCCAAUGAGCCCACGCACUUCACUGUGGACUGUUCAGGAGCUGGAGAUGGUGACGUCAGUGUGGGUAUUAAAUGUGACGCCAACAUGGUCGGUGAUAAGGAGGCCGAUGUGGACUUUGACAUCAUUCCCAAUGCCAACGACACAUUUACAGUGAAGUACAUCCCUCCUGCUGCCGGACGCCUCACCGUCAAAGUGCUUUUCACUGAUAAGGAAGUUCCUCAGAGCCCCUUCCAUGUUAAAGUAGAUCCUUCCCAUGAUGCAUCCAAAGUCAAAGCUGAAGGUCCUGGACUUGCUCGUACUGGUGUAGAGAGUGGGAAACCUACUCAUUUCACAGUCGUAACUAAAGGAGCCGGUAAGGCACCGCUGGAUGUUUCCUUCUCUUCACCUGUAAAAGACUUUGACAUCAUCGACAACUACAACUAUUCGCAGACGGUCAAAUACACUCCAGUUCAGCAGGGAGAAAUCAUGGUUACAGUGAAGUUUGGAGGAGAUGCUAUUUCCAAGAGCCCAUUCACCGUUGGAGUCUCCGCUCCUCUGGACCUCAACAAAGUCACACUGGACAACCUGGACGGACGGGUGGAGGUUGGGCAGGAGCAGCAGUUCAUGGUCAACACCAGAGGAGCAGGAGGUCGGGGUCAACUGGAGGUGGCUGUGCUGAGUCCUGGUCAGAAAACGGUGCCCUGUAAGGUGGAGCCUCAGACAGGUAAAGCCGAAGUCAGCCUGGUUUGGUACACUCCUAAAGAGGAGGGGGUGCACACUGUCAAUGUGUCCUACGAUGGACACCCUGUCCCUGGUAGCCCCUUCCCUGUGGAGGCUCAGCUUCCCCCGGACCCCAGCAAGGUGAAGGCGUUUGGUCCAGGUCUGAAAGGUGGUUUGGUCGGAAACCCAGCAGAAUUCACCAUAGACACCAAAGGGGCCGGUACUGGAGGUCUGGGUUUGACGGUCGAGGGUCCGACCGAGGCCAAGAUCGAAUGUUCGGACAAUGGUGAUGGGACCUGCUCUGUGUCCUACUUGCCCACUGAGCGUGGAGACUACCUGGUAAACAUCCUGUUCGAAGAGGUCCACAUCCCCGGCUCGCCAUUCAGGGCCGAUGUCCAGAUGCCCUUUGACCCCUCCAAGGUGGUGGCGUCAGGGUCAGGCUUGAAGAAAGCCAAGGUUGGAGAGACCAGUGUAGUAAAUGUGGACUGUUCCAGUGCUGGACCAGGUCAACUCUGCCUUGAGGCGGUUCCAGACUCAUCACAGACUGGACCAACACUGAGCUCUGGUGUGAAAGCGAAGACAGAGGUGGUGGACAACAAAGAUGGGACAUACACGGUGACUUAUAUCCCUCUGACCGCUGGUAUGUACACACUGAUGCUCAAGUACGGAGGAAAGGCCAUUCCAGGGUUCCCUGCCAAAGUUCUGGUGGAUCCUGCUGUUGACACGUCCAAAGUCAGAGCAUUCGGACCUGGAGUGGAAGGACAAGCCGUCUACAGAGAAGCCACCACAGCAUUCACUGUGGAUGCCCGACCUCUGACCCGGCGAGGAGGAGAUCAUGUGACGGCAGAGGUCAAGAACUCGUCUGGAGUGCUGACAGACUGUGUAGUCACCGACAACACCGACGGGACAUAUGGCGUUGAAUACACGCCAUACGAGAAUGGUGUUCAUAUUGUCCAAGUUUUAUACGAUGACACGCCGAUCCCAAAGAGUCCGUUCAGGGUUUCAGUGUCAGAAGGAUGUGACCCCAGUAAAGUGGUGGCAACUGGCCCCGGGCUCCAGCAGGCCCUGACAGAGCAACCCAACAAUUUCAACAUCAUCACCAGAGGGGCAGGCAUUGGUGGACUUGGCAUCACCGUGGAGGGUCCAUCUGAGUCAAAGAUGUCCUGCAAAGACAACAAAGAUGGCAGCUGCAGCGUGGAAUACAUCCCCUUCACCCCUGGCCUUUAUGAUGUCAACAUCACAUAUGGAGGGGGGCACAUCCCAGGAAGUCCUUUCAAAGUCCCGGUGAAGGACGUGGUGGACCCCAGUAAGGUCAAGGUGUCUGGUCCUGGUGUAGGGUCGGGGGUCAGAGCCAAUAUCCCACAGUCCUUCACUGUGGACUGCAGGAAGGCAGGGGAGGCGCCUCUGGGCAUCACCAUCAUGGCUCCUAAAGGCAUCGCCGAACCGGUGGAGGUGAUGGACAACAGAGACGGAACUCACACAGUGUCCUACACACCAACAGUGGAGGGAUUAUACUCUAUGGCUUUGAAUUAUGGAGAUGAGGACAUUCCCCACAGUCCUUUUAAGGUUCGGGUCCUGCCCACUCAUGAUGCCAGUAAGGUCAGGGUCAGUGGUCCUGGUCUGACCAGUGGAAUCCCUGCCAGCUUCCCUGUCGAGUUCAACAUCGAUGCCAAAGAUGCUGGGCAGGGCCAACUGAGUGUGCUCAUCACAGAUCAGGAUGGAAAACCCAAGCAGCCCAGUAUCCAUGACAACGGUGACGGUACCUACAGUGUGUCUUAUACACCUGACCGCACAGGCCGCUACACAAUCGUCAUCAAGUACGGAGGUGACGACAUCCCCACCUCGCCAUACAGAGUCCGAGCCACAGCAACUGGAGAUGCCAGCAAGUGCACCAUCACCGGUCCUGGUGUGGGUCCGACGGUAGCCAUCGGAGAGGAGUUGGGUCUGGUGGUGAACGCCAAGGCAGCUGGGAAGGGGAAGGUGAGCUGCGUGGUGGUUCAGCCCGACGGCAGCGAGGUGGAGGCAGAGGUUCUGGAGAACGAGGAUGGCACCUUCGAUAUCUUUUACACCGCUCCAGCCCCCGGAAACUAUGUCAUCUAUGUCCGCUUUGGAGGGGAGAACAUCCCCCACAGUCCCUUCAAAGUCAUGGCUACUGAAGAGGUUCCCAUGAUGCAACAGCAGAUGUCGCUACAGCAACAGGCAGCUCCCCCUGGAGCUGGGUUCCAGCCCUGGGUGACAUCAGACAGUUAUGAACCUAUCACCAGCAGCGUGAAUGGAAGUGGAUUCAGACCAUUCGACAUGGUCAUACCUUUCUCCUUCAGAAAGGGAGAAAUCACUGGUGAGGUGUUGAUGCCUUCAGGUAAAUCAGCUCAGCCACUCAUCUCAGAUAAUUUGGAUGGUACUGUAACUGUGCAGUACUCUCCGACUGAAGCUGGUCUGCACGAGAUGCACAUCAGAUACAACGGCACACACAUCCCAGAGUCUCCUCUUCAGUUCUAUGUGAACGAUGCCAGUAGUCCCAAUGUGACAGCAUACGGCCCUGGUCUGAGUUAUGGUGUGGCCAAUAAGACAGCCACCUUCACCGUCUACACAGAGGACGCCUCUGAAGGCGGUCUUGACUUGGCCAUCGAGGGUCCAUCCAAAGCCGACAUCAGCUGUGUGGACAACAAAGACGGGACCUGCAGUGUCAGCUACCUCCCCACCCUGCCUGGAGACUACAACAUCCUGGUUAAAUACAACGAUGAGCACAUCGCCGGAAGCCCCUUCACUGCCAAGAUCACAGAGGACAACCAGCGGCGUUCUCAGGUCAAACUGGGCUCUGCGGCUGAUUUCUCUUUGGACAUUAAUGAGACGGACCUAAGUCUGUUAACAGCAAGCAUCAGGGCGCCAUCCGGUCGAGACGAGCCGUGUUUACUGAAGAGGAUGGCCAACAACCACAUUGGUAUCUCCUUCAUCCCCAGAGAGGUGGGUGAACACCUGGUCAGCAUUCUCAAGAAUGGCCGCCAUGUUUCUAACAGCCCCAUCACCAUAAUGGUGGUCCAGUCGGAGAUCGGAGAUGCCAGCCGGGUCAAAGCCCAUGGUGACGGGCUCGUCCAGGGAACCACCUUCAACAACGCCAGCUUUGUGGUCGAUACACGAGAAGCUGGUUAUGGAGGCUUGGCUCUGUCUAUUGAGGGUCCCAGUAAGGUGGACAUCCAGACAGAGGAUAUGGAGGAUGGGACAUGUGGCGUUACCUACUGUCCAACUGAACCAGGAAGCUAUAUUGUCUCCAUUCGCUUCGCUGAGGAACACAUCCCAGGAAGUCCGUUCACAGUGCGGGUGACAGGCGAGGGUCGAAUCAGGGAGAGCAUCACCAGGCGACAGAAAGCAGCGUCUGUCGCCAGUGUGGGGAGUGUGUGUGACCUCAGCCUGAAGAUACCAGGUGAAGCAACAACGACCUUGUGGCCUCGACACAAGCCUGUGAAGAAGGACAACAAAGGAGAAGGUCAUCAACAUACUGCAAAAGAGCAACACCUGGUGGGAGGUCAAGCCAUCGACAUACACGAUGUCACUGCUGAGGUCACGUCUCCUUCCGGAUCUCACCAGCCCGCUGAGUUGGUGGCUGUUGGUAAGGAUACCUACUGCGUGCGCUUCGUCCCCACGGAGAUGGGCGUGCACAGCGUGAACGUGAAGUACCGGGGUUUGCAUGUGCCCAGUAGCCCCUUCCAGUUUACUGUGGGGCCACUGGGGGAGGGAGGAGCCACCAAGGUGAGAGCAGGAGGACCGGGACUGGAGAGAGCUCAGGCAGGAGAACCAGCGGAGUUCAGUAUCUGGACCAGGGAGGCGGGGGCUGGCGGUCUUUCCAUCGCCGUGGAAGGACCCAGCAGGGCUGAGAUUGCCUUUGAUGACCGUAAAGAUGGAUCGUGUGGCGUGUCGUACAUUGCCCAGGAGCCUGGUGACUAUGAGAUCUCAGUGAAGUUCAAUGACCAGCAUAUCCCGGACAGUCCAUACCUGGUGCCUGUGAUGGCUCCAGUGAACGACGCCCGCCGCCUCACUGUUACUGGCCUUCAGGAGUCUGGCCUGAAGGUGAAUCACCCAGCAUCCUUUGCAGUACGUCUGAAUGGAGCGCACGGAAAGAUGGAAGCCGAAGUUCACAGCCCUUCUGGAGCUCUGGGGGAGUGUGCAGUCAUUGAGCUGGAGAGAGAUAAGUAUGCAAUCAGGUUCAUCCCCAGAGAGAACGGAGUCCACUCCAUCGAUGUGAAGUUCAAUGGCUCUCAUAUCCCAGGAAGUCCAUUUAAGGUCAGAGUUGGAGAACCAGGUCAUACUGGAGAGCCCGGUCUGGUCUCAGCAUAUGGAGCAGGACUGGAGGGAGGGACAACAGGUGCUCAGUCAGAGUUUGUCAUCAACAACACUAAGGCUGGACCUGGAGCCUUGGCUGUGACGAUUGAGGGCCCUUCGAAGGUGAAGAUGGACUGUCAGGAGGUUAUAGAGGGCUACAAGGUCCAGUAUACUCCUAUGGCACCUGGAAACUACCUGAUCAGCAUCAAAUAUGGGGGACCAAACCACAUCAACAGCAGCCCCUUCAAGGCCAAAGUCACAGGUCUGCGUCUGGUGAAUGUGACUAAUGCUAGUGAGAUGUCCACCCUGACGGUGGACCCGGCCAUCCAGGCAUCCAGCAGCAGCCUGACUCGGAGCGCUGGACCCUGGACUUCUGACUCCGAUGCCAGUAAGGUUCAGACUCGAGGUCCUGGACUCAGCAAAGCUUUCGUGGGUCAGAGGAGCAGCUUUUCCGUUGACUGCAGCAAAGCAGGUAAAAACAUGCUGCUGGUGGGAGUUCACGGCCCUCAGGUUCCCUGUGAGGAAGUUCUGGUCAAACAUCUGGGAAACCUGCAGUACAAUGUCAGUUACAUGCUGAAGGAGCGGGGAAACUAUAUCCUGGUGGUUAAAUGGGGUGACGACCACAUUCCAGGCUCCCCCUUCCACGUCACUGUCCCAUGAUGCACCAAAAGAAAAAAAACACAAAACCCUGCUGCCACUCCUGCACCACAUCACAUCCCACCUGCUGUUUUGCUAAAUAAUUGUCCAUUGAACAGGUCACUGUAGUGUUCAGAUGUACUGAAAGCCCUGACUUUAUUCUUUACAUGUUGAGGUGUUUGCAAGCUGCUUCAACAGUCCUUCAGAAAGUGAAGUGCCAUAAAACGCCCCAUUUUUUAUUUUAAAAAAAAAAAAAAGGUGGGAAGGAACAUAAGGGAAUGUAGAUUUGGUACUUCAUCUGUGCAGUGAAGCAAAGCUGCAAAAACAUAAACAAAGAAAGUGGCCUAAAACUGGAAUUGGAAUACCUAGAUUUUGCCUGUGACAACAGUUUUUAUUCUUGAUUGGUAAAUUGAAAGUUGCUAAUUUUGUAACGCAAUAAUUUCAUUUCUCAGAUUUACAUCAAAGGGUUAGAAAUAAUACUUUAAACACUAAUUAUAAGAACAAGUAAGUGCAGUCACAGCACUUUUCCCUCAGGUUACACAGAUGUUUUUCUGCAGUUCUAUUGCUUUCACUGCAGGAUCUCUGCUGGCCAAUGUGUUUGUACAGAAAUGUUCUCACUAAAUCAUAUCUGAUGAUGUGUUACCAAACUAAAAUGAAUUAACAAGAAAACUGGAGUUCUGUGUGCUUGCUUUGGUCAGUUUAAAUAGUAAACUGUACACAACUACUGAUGUUUUUGUUAAUGCAUUGCUUUCAAAUUAACACCUUUUGUGCCGUCUGGCUGCCAUAAUAAAUCAGAGACUGUCAACGCUGCCUUCACACUACUGUUUUCCUGCACUGUAAAACUGACUUCUCAGUUCAGUGUGAGUUUAGAGCUUUGGGUCUGUAUCUGUUGUGUUAUUCUUUCAGCUGCAGUUUCACCUGAAAAGAUCUUGUUGAACUUUGUGGAUCAGUUCUGAUCAGCUUCAGAAUCACAUGCUGUGAUGAUCAGGGAGUUAAUUUUGUAUUACUUCUAAUUAAAAUUUGUCAUCUUCACGUGAUGCACUUAAAUUAAUUAUAAUUAAAAUAUGAUUCAAUAUGCAUGCUAUUAAUUUGGGCAGAAAAAUCCAAAUUAAAAUGUUUGAAACCAGAUCUGAGCUGCAAAAUUCAAUGUCACACUUCAGAAAUGAGGAAGAGUACAAGUAUUUGUCUUAACUGGAUGUUGUUGCUAGUUUUGAUACUCAAGGGUUUCUAGGCUUUUAAACUUGGACAAAAACUUCUCAUUUUGAAUUGGGGAACCGGUGUUUUAAUGUAAAACUUAAUCCUGAGAUGAUGUACAUUUCAUAAAUAAAAUCAGCUGAAAUUUA